UCGAUUUCUUUCUGUUUCUUCGGCGGCAAUAGGAUGGUCGCCCUGGUCUCCGGUGUCACGCCGGUCGAUUCGACCGGCAGCUCCUGUCUCCUGUGCUCGGUCUGCCAUUUUCUGCUCAUUAAACCCAAACAGACCGAGUGUGGACACCGAUACUGCACCGCCUGCCUGGAGAACCUGUUUAAGACAGAUAAUGAAGCAGACUGCCAUGUAUGUCAGCAGAAGGUCUUUCGUUCUAAGGUCUACCACGACAGAGCUGCCGAAAAUGACGCUUAUGCCACAAAGAUUCAAUGUACGGCUCACCGGGAUGGUUGUGAGUGGACAGGGACGCUGCGAAACUACUUGCGCACACACCGAGCCCAGUGCGAUUUCCAUGUGGUCCCCUGUUCCAAUGUCACGUUCGGCUGCGAGAACCUGGGCCCCAGGAAGAAGAUGGCGGCACACGCAAUACAGGAGUGUGAGUGGAGAAUGGAGCUCUGCCCCCAGUGUGAGACCUUCUGUGUUCACAAGCUGUUGGAGGAUCAUAUCACCACAUGUUUCAAACGGAAGCAGUCAUGUCCCGUGUGCGGCAAGACGGAUUUAACGAAGGCCGAGUUGGAGGCACACUGUGACCCUCAUCACGGCACCUGCCCUGACGCCCAGGUCUCCUGCCCCUUUAAGGACAUUGGCUGCCUGGAGAAGCCCCGGAGGCGGGACGUGGACGAGCACCUGCGGGACGCGCAGCCGGCGCACCUCCUACAGAUGCUGAACCGGAGAGAGGGCCUUCGUGCUGGGAUCCCGUCCGAGGUCGGGGGGCUGGCGGCGGCGGCGGCGGCGGCAGGGGCGGCGCAAGCCUCCGACGAGCUGAGCGCCCUGGAGCGGAAGGCGGGCGGCCUGAACCGGGAGCUGGACAAGUACGCCCACCUGCUGGAGGCGCUGCAGCGCCGCUGCCUGCAGUACGAGCAGCUGAUCUCGGGGCUGCAGCGGAAGGUGCGGGCGCUAGAGGGCGCCCGAGAGUCACCCGCGAGCACCAAUGGAGUUCUACUCUGGAAGAUCCGGGACUUUUCCUCGUGCCUGACGGCCGCCAGGGCCGAGCGGAUGACGUCAUUCUACUCUCCAGUCUUCUGCACUCACCCGUUCGGCUACCGCCUCUGCUGUAGGGUCUACCCGAACGGAGACGGCAGCGGCCGGGGCACCCACGUCUCCCUUUUCCUGGCCAUCGUGCGCGGCGACUACGACGACGUGCUUCCCUGGCCCUUCCGGCAGAAGGUCACCUUCAUGCUGCUGGACCAGGCGCAGCAGAAGCACCACCUCAAGGAGUCCUUCACCCCGGACGUGCUGAGCGGCUCCUUCCAGAAGCCCCGGAGCCACAUGAACGUGGCGAGCGGCUGCCCCACCUUCGCCAGGCACGACCUGCUGCAGAAAGCGCACGGCCCCUACCUGAGGGACGACACGCUCUACAUCAAAGUGGUGGUGGAGACGGCGGGGCUGGUGCCCUGAGUUCCUCAAUCCCAUUUCCAACCCUCACCCACCCAACACACGGUACAGUCCGCUCCACCUCACUUUUUCCCACCCCCCCUCCUCCGUUGUUUCGCCUCCACUGAGUACCCCUAAUGGGUCUCCUUAGCUGAGGAAGGAUGUUCCUGGGCUGGAGGGAGUGUGCAACAGAAGUUUCCCCGGACUCGUUCCUGGCGUGGCAGGAAUGAAGAGAGACUGGACGGGUUAGGACCAUGUUCCCCUGCAGUUUAGAAGAGUGAGCGGGGAAUCUCACAGAAACCUAUAGGAUUCUGACAGGACCGGACAGGGUAAAUGCUGUUCCUAGCGAUCAAGGGAUCCAGAACCUUGGGUCGCAGUCCAAAGAUACCAGGUAGCUGUUUAGCACUGAGAUGAGGUGAAGAAUGUCUUCAACCAGAGAGUGGUAGGCCUGUGGACUUCUCUGCCACAAAAGGCUAAGGCCAAAGUGUUGCUUUUUAGAAGGAGUUAGGUAUAGUUCUUGGGGCUAAAGGGAUCAAGGAGAGAAAGUCGGAGCAGGGUACUGAGUUGGAUGAUCUGUUGUCAUCCUACUGAUUGGCAGAGCAAGCUCAAGGGGCCAAAAGCCUACCUUUCAGAGCUGCAUGUAGGCCAGACCAAGUAAGGAUGGCUGAUUUCCUUCCCUAUAAAGCAAACCAGAUGGCAAUUUCUAUUUUUUUGCUUGAUUACGAUGACUGUAAAUUACUUUCGAUUCUAGGAUUCUUUAAUUAAUCAAACUUCAAAGUCCACAAGCUGCCAUUUGUAACCUUUGUCUUCAGAGCAUUGUCUUUCUCUGUGUUUACCAGUUUAGUGACAUUGCCGUCUCCUCUCUUGGUUUGAUAAUUGGUCAUUCCACCUCUUCCCUGCAUUGCACUAGCCCUCUAUUCUCAUUGUCCCCUCUGCAGCUUUUGCAAGAUGGGAACUUGACUGCAGGGGAGAAGCUGAUUCCUGUCCUCACGACACAGUCAGAAUCCCGACUACAGAUCCCUGCCCAUUUCCCACCCUUGGAAUCCCUUGGGAGAAAACAGGGUAGAUUAAAACUCCGCUGAUGCACCCUGCUUCACUGCCCUGGGCAGGGGGCUUGUGGAAGGGCAAUAUGCGCUACCUAGCUCGGUGUGGCUUGAGGCAGGCUCCUUACUGCACUUUAGCCAUCAGUAAAUGCUAUUCCUUCUUGUUCUAUUUAUUUAUUUAUUUAUGCGAUUAACUUAUCAACAGGUGUUUUUCUCAUCCCUGUUUCAUUAUCACUAAAGUGAACGUUGCUCGGGUUUUGAAUAAAAAUUUGACUUGACGCA